AUGAACGAACUUUUGGCAAUUAUUGCCAUUGUUAUCGUUUGUUGUGUCAUGUUCUUUUUAUGGCUUCUUUCUAUGGCACUCUGUCCGGAUGCGAUGGUGAAUGCCACGUCAGGAAGAAAGGACAAAUACUGCGAAUCACGAGAUUCGAAAGAGCUCAUCGCCCGUUGCGAAGAGGGUGAUAUUCGACAUGAUUUCAUCAAGAAUGUCGUUUCGGCGGAGAAGAUGCCUCAACCGUUGUCUACAAGAAGAUCCAGUGAUAAGAAAUUGAGUGUUGUUCCGGAAGCUGAUGAGCAGAGCACGGUCCAAUCGACAAUCCACUCGAUUCGUCCAACAAUUCUUCGUCAACCAUCUGUCCCAGUCAAACUGGAAGAGGAAGUGACAGAGACAUCCGUCGAAAACGCUUGA